CUAUCGCAGCUAUCUCUGGCAACGUCCUGGUGCUGAUAUGGCGAUGCGCAACCAAGGAGUCACGCCUGCAACUUCUUUCUCUACUAAUCGUCAGUCUUGCCGUUGCUGAUAUUCUCUGGUCUUGUCACUUCCUCAUCCAAGAAGUGAUGCUCUUGCCUGUGCUAGACGCUGGUAAAGGCGACACUUUCGAUUUCACUUCUCGAGAUGAAGCUCUUUGCCUCACCGUCACUUUCCUAGCUGCCACAUCUUGUAAUGCAGUAAUGACUACAGCAGUCGGCAUAGCUCUCCACACUGCCUUUACUCUUGUUGGUCAUUGUCAUAAUGUUAUUGUUUACAUAGUUGUGGUUAUCACCUGGAUGUUUUCUUUGACUUUUGCAACUUGGCUGACUCUUCAAAUGAACGACGUCGUCCAGCAUUAUAAUAGGAGUAUGUCUGCGAGUACCUUCUCAUUGACGGCAACAUUUGGUUGCAUGGGAGACGCGAAUCUUAAUUCCUAUCCGAUCAUCGUUACCUCCAUCAACGCAGUGGCUUCUGUUGCCUGUAUUGUCAUCUACAGUCUAUUGUGCUGCAGACUGAGAAAAUUCAAUGUUAAUGUUGCUAGUAGAGAACUAAAACAUUUGCAGAUAAGACUAACGGUUAUAGUUGUGGUGAAUGUGAUCGUCUGGUGGCCCACUUGCAUUAUUUAUUGGUAUAGUUAUGUCAGAGACGAGACUGUGUUCAACGGUAAGCUGAGCUUGGAUGCUACUUUGCCUAUAAAGAUGUUGACUGUGGUGGUGAGCUUGAUUAAUCCGUUGAUCUACACAAUAGCUUCAAAACGUGUGACUAAGGCAAUAAAAAAUGUCUGUGUUUUUAUAUGUUGUCAUGGCAACAGUGAACGACAAAGACUAAUUGUUGCAAACGAGGAUGAAAACGAAUCAAGAUGUGGUUGCUCUGUUGUUUGUCAGAUGAUUUAUCGAGUUCGAGGAAGACAUGAUUUUAGAAAAGGAACUCAAUUGAAAGGAGAUACCAUAGAUCAGACGACAUCAAGUCACUUGUUUCCGGAAAUUGACCCUUUUCAAAAUGAAAUGGACCAACUGCCAUCCGAGUCAGUCUAAAUUGCGGUAAUUGUGUAUAACCAUGCUGCUAAUAUUUUAAGUAAACUUUUACUGAAACGCAUGCCAUGCUUUAUCUGUUUCAAAUAGAUGAAAUUAAG